AGUGACGAAAGCGCGGUGCGCCCCGGCGUGCGCGUCGAGGUCGCUAUGAACGUUGUCCUGUGCUCACGGGCUGCUGGAGCGGUCCGGGCUUUGCGGCUCGUGGGCUGGGCUUCUCGAAGCUUGCAUCCGCCGCCCCGUGGCCGGUCUCCAGCUCAGUCUGCAGACAGGGAAGAGGAGGAGGAAGACCCCAAUCUCCCAAUCCAAUUUUCCGGCAGCAAAGCCACCCCAGUCCGCUGGACCGUGGAGCAUUCUCUGGGGAAGCAGCAGCAGCGGCCCUGGUGGAAAGUGCUGCCGCUCACCCUCACCAUUGUGGCUCUGAUCAUAUGGUGCUACCGGAGGGAGGAGAGCAGCACGGACCAGUGGUUAAGACAGGUGUUGGAAGAGGAGGACGAGGAGGAGCCUGAAGGUCCUCCGGAGGAGCUUGAAGCUCCGGCCCUCUACGGGGCUAGAACGUAACAGGGUGCAUGCUGAGGAAGGGACUAGGUAGCCAUCCUUCUGUUUUGUCGUCGAAUUUGACGAUUUCUGAACUGGUUCUGCGCGUGUCCUCGUUGCUUAAAGGACUUGGAUGGCGCCCUUGGCGCUGAGACACAAGAACACAGCACAAAAUUGGAGGCUCGAAAUCUGAUCUGUGCCGAAUACCAAUGACCAGUGAUUACGUCCAAAAAACUUUUGAGGUUCAUAGAAAAGGUUUUGGGUGCACCGUGUGCUGUGAUGUAUUCGUACAGCCUAAUCAUGUUUCCAGAGCAGUUCUGGUGGAGAUGUUACCUGCAAAUCAUUGGAUUUCCGAGACAGACUAACUGCAGAUGUGUAAUGAGCUAUGGUGUGUGCAAUAUCAGUUGAAGCUAUUUUAAAUACUAACAAAUGGAAAAUACAUUUGGUAAUGAACUCAGUUGUCUCCCCUCCCCUUUCUUUUCUUUUCUUUUCUUUUCUUUUCUUUUCUUUUUUUUUGGCACAGUCUCCCUAUAGAGUUCUGGUUAGCCUGGAACUGGCUGUGUAGACCAGCCUUGUUUCAGACUUAGACAUCAGCCUGCUUCCGCUGCCACUUUUUUUUUUUUUUUUUUCUUCUACUCUUCAUUCCCACUUGAAACAAAAAUUUGUCAGAAGUGGUAGUGCAUGCCUGUAAUCUCAUCACUUAUGAGACUGAGGCAGGGGGAUCCUAAGUUUGAGGUCUGAUUGGGCUACAUAGGGAGACCCUGUCUCAAAAAACAAAACAAAAUCAUUUUUCCAUAGCACAGUGGGUUUUUUUUGUUUCUAUAUUUUUACAGUGUUGGGGGUUGAACCCGGGAAUCUAUCGUGCUAGACCACCAAUGAGCUCUACUUCCAGCUCACGUAAAACUGUUUUUGAAGAAGGUCACAUCCCAUGCCGUGGUUCCUUGGUGCAGCCAGGCUGGUAACUUCUCCACAGUGAUUCAGGCAGUUGAACUUGGGAGCAGAAGUGGGCACACUUACUACACAUCUGCUGUUUUCUUCCUCCCUUUCUUCCUUUCUUUUUUAAUUUUUUAAGACAGGGUCUCUUUACAGAGCCCUGGCCAUCCUGGUAAUCUGGCUGUAGCCUUGGUUGGUCAUGAACUCAGAGGCAGAGACUACCUCUGCCUUCUCCUGAGUGCUGGAAUCAAAGGCAUGCGCCACCAGACCUAAACCUGACAUCUGGUGUUGUAUGGAGUGACAGGAGAAUAGGUUGUUAGCUGAACAGGUUACUUAAAUGUUUAUGGUUUUUUGUGCCACGCUUGUCCUAUUUUCCAAAUAGACUGUAGCUUAUGUUUUACCUAUUCUCAGCCUGGUGAAUUCUUUGGGUGAGUGCCCAGUAGACAUCGGGUAGGGAGAGAACCUGUAAACAGAAGCCAGCUGCAUGUACAAGAUGGUAGAUAAAACUGUUGGGCUGAAAGAAAUGAUUAAAUAAAACAUGUUCUUUUGAGGGAAGAGGAGUUAAUGUAACAGACACGUACAAAAUUAGAUUUGUUUUAUGUGUAUGUAUGUGCAUCACGUGCACGUCUGGUGCCCAUGCAGGUAAGAGGAGGGUGUCAGAUUCCCUGGAACUGGAGGUACAGAUGGCUAUGAACAACCAUGUAGGUGCUGGGAACUGAACUUGGGUCCUCUGGAAGAGCAGCCAUUAACUUUUAACCACUGUGAGCAAUCUCUCCAGCUCCAACAACCACUUUUUGUAAGUUCUUACAAAUGGGAAGUCUUAGUAGUGUUGGGCAGUCCCUCCCCCUCAGAAAAAAGUGAGCUAUUACACCGGAAAAACUGUGUUUUGUUUUAAGCCUCAGCCCUUGAGUAACAGCUUCAAUAAAAGGGAUCUUAUGGGA